AAGAGGAGAGAGCGAAAUUCGCGGAGCAUAUGCCCAUUAGAUUUUCGCCCCGCCGCAACAUUUCAUGCCAAUUUCCAACCGUCGGAAAUAAUCGAACAACAUCAAAUAACAUUUCUUCCUGAGGCGACUAAGACGAGGCGAAAUCGGGCACGCUCAACCCCAUACGCAAUCGUUCGUCGGUGGGUAGAAACCGGCGGCCGGAAAAGAGCACCGAGCCCCGGCGGAAACGGCCCGGCAGCACCGAGGUUCAUCCGCCUCGCUGAUACAGGACGCAGCGAUCACUUCAUUUAUCGUUUCUCCCUUGGUCGGAUCGUCUGAACCGGGGGGCUAUGGGCUCCAUUCGAUGCUUGCUUCUGGCGUUUCUUAUCUGCUUCCCUUUGAUCUCCAGUGGAAGAGAGCUUGAUGCUAAAUAUAGACAUCAUACUGCUGGCUACAACCAAACGCUUGCAAGAAUAUUGGUGGAGUACGCCUCUGCGGUCUACAUGUCAGAUCUGACUGCCCUCUUUACUUGGACCUGCUCAAGAUGCACUGGCAUGACAGAGGGGUUUGAAAUGAUAGAGCUUAUAGUUGACGUUCAACAUUGUCUUCAGGCUUAUGUAGGGGUUGCUGAAGAUCUGAAUGCUAUUGUGAUAGCAUUCAGAGGGACACAGGAAAAUAGCUUACAAAAUUGGAUUGAAGAUCUGUUCUGGAAGCAGCUUGACCUAAAUUAUCCUGGCAUGCCUGAUUCAAUGGUGCACCAUGGGUUUUAUUCUGCUUACCACAACACAACUAUACGUCCUGGAAUUGUCAGUGCUGUACAAAGAGCUUGGGAAUUGUAUGGGAACAUUGGUGUUAUGACUACUGGACAUUCCAUGGGGGGGGCUAUGGCUGCCUUUUGUGCACUUGAUCUUAAAGUCAAUUAUGGAGCAAACAUCAGUCAAGUAAUUACAUUUGGUCAACCACGCAUCGGGAAUUCAGUUUUUGCUUCCUACUUCAGUGACCAUAUUCCUACUGCUUUUCGGAUGAUCAAUGAUCAUGAUAUGGUGCCACAUUUACCUCCAUACUAUACCUAUUUUCCCCGGAAGACAUACCAUCACUUUCCACGUGAGGUAUGGCUUUACAAUAUUGGCGUGGGUAGCUUGGUAUAUAUGGUUGAGAAAGUAUGUGAUGGCUCUGGUGAAGACCCAACUUGCAGCAGGUCUGUGUAUGGCAACAGUGUUUCUGAUCAUUUGAAAUACUUCGGUGUGGAAUUACAAGCGGAGACCUGGGGAUCAUGCAAAAUUAUAAUUGAUAGCGACAAGAUCAAGAAAGAUGGCACAGAGAGCACCGAUUUUGUUCUAUCAAGGGAUGAUUCUUCGGUUAUAACGUUGAAAAACAGCCGUCUAGAUGGCUAUGCUUUGAGCUCCUCGUUGUAGCGAAGCUCCCAAGGAUUGAGAAAUUCCCCUCGAAAUGGAGGACGGUCUUCGUUAAGAGCCACUCCUUGUUCCACUCUCAAAAGGCUGAUGUAUCCAGUCAUAAAUUUCUACGUUAUAUGUACAGAUUUGUGACCCUACAAUUGUUCAUAUGUUGUAUAAAAUGGAAAUAAAAUAUCAAAAUUGUCAAA